AUGAGCGGCGUUUGUAACUACAUCCAAGUCCAGGCGGGCGACGGGUGUUGGGCCCUGGCCGACCGGUGUGGCAUCACCCAGGCCACCCUCACCAAAUACAACCCUUCCAAUGGCUUCUGCGACAACCUCAUACUGGACCAGUAUGUCUGUUGCUCGGCUGGAUCCCUUCCGGACUUCUCCCCCCAGCCCGACGAUGACGGCAACUGCUUCGUCUAUGUUGUUAAGGAGAAGGACUUGUGCGACACCAUCGCCACAGCGCACAAGAUGGACAAGGCCAAGAUUCCCGACUACAACGAGCUCACCUGGGGCUGGAUGGGGUGCGGUAACCUCCAGAUCGACGGAAAGAUAUGUCUUAGUAAGGGCACGCCGCCAUUCCCUUCACCUGUAGAUGGAAACGCUUGUGGCCCUCAGGUGCCCGGAACAAAACAACCAGCCAAAGGUUCGGCAUGGGACUGGGCUGAGAUGAAUCCCUGUCCCCUCAACGCCUGCUGCGACAUUUGGGGCCAAUGCGGUAUCACUCCUGAGUUCUGUACCAACACCACUGAGAAGGGCGGAGCGCCCGGCACGGCAAAGGCAAAAACAAACGGCUGCAUCUCCAACUGUGGUACUGAGAUCAAGAGUGUCAGCGUAUACCCCGCUAGACCUUAUCGCAUCGGCUACUUUGAGGCAUGGAAUCUAAACCGCCCGUGUGCCAAUAUGGACGUGUCGAAGAUGACCGACGGUGACUACACGCAUGUGCACUGGGCCUUUGGUAACAUCACCGAAGACUGGAAAGUGGACGUGAGUGGGCAACAGGAACAGUUCGAUGGCCUGCUGAAGCUGAAGGACAUCGAGCGCAUCAUGAGCUUUGGUGGCUGGGGUUUCUCGACUGAUGACUACACGCACAACAUCUUCCGGCAGGGUGUCAGGGACGGGAAUCGCCAGAUCCUGGCUGCCAAUAUCAUCAAGUUUAUUGAGGAUAACGGUCUGGACGGAGUGGACUUUGACUGGGAAUAUCCAGGCGCCCAAGACAUUCCAGGACUUGACCCGGAUCACCUUGACUCGGGAGAGAACUAUGCCGAGUUCCUGAAGCUCGUUCGCGCCGGGUUAUCAGAGGAUAAGUCUAUCUCCAUGGCUCUCCCAGCAUCAUACUGGUACCUCAAGGCCUUUGACCCGAUCACUCAGUUUGAGGAAUCUAUUGAUUACUACGUCUUCAUGACAUACGAUCUUCACGGCCAGUGGGACUGGAACAACACGUUCGUAAAUCCUGGUUGUCCGGAUGGAAACUGUCUGCGCAGCCAUGUGAACAAGACCGAGACCGAGUAUACCCUGGCCAUGGUCACCAAGGCUGGACUCCCGUCUAUCAAAGUCGUGCCGGGUCUUGCCCUCUACGGCCGCAGCUUUGAGAUGACUGAUAAAGACUGCAAGGGCCCUGAAUGCACGUUUGUCGGCAAAGAAUCAGGUGCCACGAAGGGACUCUGCACAGAUACCGCUGGCUACCUCUCUAACAUCGAGAUCAAUGACCUAAUUGCCCAAGCCAACGGCGACGACAACUACAACGACAUCACAAUCAACGAGCAGUAUGAGGAUGAGGGCGACAUCUUAAUCUACAACGACAACCAAUGGGUCUCCUACCUCACCCCGGACAACUACAAGGCCCGUCAACAAUGGUACAACGACCUGCACUUUGGCGGCAGCGUCGACUGGGCCGUGGACCUGAACCGCACCUACGGCAACAAUGGCACUGGCGACGAGGCAACAAUUGGCGACGACUGGGAUUAUACACCCUGUCCCAAUAUCUGGUUCCCCUACCUGGAGGGACUACAGGCUGCACAAGAUGGUGGCGCGAUUCCCGACCACUGCGUCGCGCAGAUGACACUGGACACGCUGAUGAGCAUGCUGAACACGGCCUACGAGAACUACACGGACGUCAACAACGGCUACGACGGCAUGUUUGAAUACUACGUCAAGUACAUUGAAAAGGUCGUGCCUUCUGUGCUCACCAAUGCCUUCAUGUGGAACAUGAGCACCACCACCAAUAACAAUCAGAUUAUCCCCGACAGGGGCUAUGGAAUGCCUUACUUCAACUGCCGCUUCCCCGAACAAGACGACUUUGUCCCCUGCACCCCCGAGGAGUGGGACAACAACCUCGACCCUCUCAUGCGGUACAUUGACGCCACAGACCUCGAGAUCGGCGACGACGACGGCCUCUCCAAGGCCUACGCCAAAGCAGGCCUCCUGGAGGAAUGGAUCGACUACGGCGACUACUCCAUCCAUCGCACCAACGCCAACCAAAUCCCCGUGCUGUCGUGGACACUCAGUUUCAAGGGCUGGCCCGUCAAGAACGACUCAAUGGUCGUACAGAACCCCAAGGACAUCGUGAACAAGGGCCUACCAAACAUCGACAGCCUAUAUUCCGAGAUGGAGACGACACGCAUGCAGAUCUCCAGCGGACGAUGGACGGGCGGCGAUCCGCGCGACGCAGCGAUAGCGUACGCGCCGGCAGUCUUUAUGCUGGAGCAGGCGGUGGACAGUAUGGCACAAGCAAAGAAGCUCGGUGAGGAAGAAGAAAAGGAAGAGGAAGAAGAGGAGAGAAAGAGGAAGGAGAAUCUGAUUCUGAUGAUUGUCGGGGUCGUGCUGAUGUUUGUUCCUGUUGUGGGGACGGAGGUUGCGGCUGGCCUUGGGUUUGCGAACCUGGCGCGUAUUAUUGCGAUUGCGGGUGAGUUGGGGAAUGCCGCGUUGGCGACUUACGAUACUGUCGAGGAUCCCAGCUCGGCGGUUGUGAACAUGCUGGGGAUGUUGUUUGGGGCUGGGAGCAUUGCGAAGGUGGGGCGCGAUGCGAAGGGUCUUUCGAGUGUGGCCAAGUGGCGCAGGGGCAUGAAGACGGGUGAGCUCGCUUCUCUGGGGGAUAUUUUCAAGAAUGGAGAUUCGAAGGUGCAGAGUUUGAUGGGUAAGGUGUGCAAGCUGUAA